AUGGAUGAUGAGAAGGCCAUAUCAAAGGUUGAGAGGGUGAUAGGGAGCGAGGAGGACGCGGUGAAGAAGAGUCAAGUGGUGGAUGCCGGUGUUGGAAAUAUCAGUCAGAAUGUUAGGUGCACUGAGUGUGGGAGUCAGUCCAUUGAAGACUCACAAGCUGAUAUCGACAUUCUAAUUGUGCAGUUAAUUCCUGACGAGUUUCAUGCUGGGAAGAGUGACAAGGAGAUCUACAAGAAGCUUGAGGAGGAUUUCGGGGAGACGGUACUUUAUGCCCCAAAAUUUGAUCUGCAGACUGCAGACUUAUGGCUAUCACCAGUGGUGCUGCUACACGUAUUCGUAUUUGGGCUUAUAAGAAAGCACAGACGAAGGACUAACGUUCAUGUCAUGCCUUUGAACCUUGUUAGAGGUGUUCCACUGACCCCAAAUAAGAAGCAAACCAUGUUAGACCUCCUCACACCACCGGCUUCAAGAGGAAAUAUGACUCAUUGA